AAAGCUUUAAGAAAAAAAAUAUAUAUAAAAAAAAAAAAAAAAUAAUCAGUAGGGCAUUCACGACAAUGGUGCUCCAAGAAACGGUUGUCGCAAAAACAGAUGAAGCAUCUAGAGAUUUCAUUUUCAGAUCGAAGCUUCCAGAUAUUUACAUCCCCAAUCACCUCCCUCUCUUCGACUACGUCUUCGAAAAAUUCUCCGGCGACGUUUCCGGCGGGCAAACCUGCCUCAUCGACGGCACCACCGGCCGUACACUCACCUACUCCGAUGUCCACGUCGCCUCCCGCCGCGUCGCCGCCGGGCUACAGAGCCUCGGCGUCGGAAAAGGUGACGUCAUCAUGCUCCUCCUCCCCAACUCUCUGGAGUUCGCCGUCUCCUUCCUCGCCGCCGCGUAUCUCGGCGCCAUAGCCACCACGGCGAACCCUCUCUUCACGGCGGCGGAGAUCGCGAAACAAAGCCGUGCCUCUGCCGCUAAAAUGGUCGUGACGCAGCGUUGCUUCGCUGGAAAAGUCGCCGGUCUCCAAAACGACGGCGUUUUGGUCGUCAUCACGGACGAGGACGGUCCGGACGAGGGUUACGUAAGGUACAAGAAACUGACGGAAUCCGAUGAGACGAAGCUGGACCGUCCCGAGAUCCGGCCGGAGGACACGGUGGCGAUGCCGUACUCGUCGGGGACGACGGGAUUGCCGAAGGGAGUGAUGAUAACGCACAAAGGGAUGGUUACGAGUAUAGCUCAGAAAGUGGAUGGAGAAAACCCUAACUUGGAUUACAAGGAAGGAGAUGUGAUCCUCUGUUUCUUGCCCAUGUUUCACAUCUUCGCCCUCGACGCGCUUCUUCUGUCGGGAAUCAGAGCCGGAGCCGCCUUAUUGAUCGUUCCUCGUUUCGAGCUUUCUCUCGUUCUCGAGCUGAUUCAGAGGUACAAGGUGACGGUGGCUCCGGUGGCGCCGCCGGUGGUGUUGGCGGUGGUGAAGUCGCCGGAGGCGGAGAAGUACGACUUGAGAACGGUGAGGAUGGUGAUGUGCGGCGCCGCUGCCGUGAAGAAGGAGCUCGAAGAGGCCGUCCGCCUCAGGUUCCCAAACGCCGUUUUCGGUCAGGGAUACGGAAUGACGGAGGCAGGGACGUUGGCGAAGUCAUUGGCGUUUGCAAGAGAACCGUUCGAAGCCAAAUCGGGAGCUUGUGGCACCGUCGUUCGAAACGCUCAGAUGAAAAUCGUCGACCCGACGACCCGAGCCUCCUUGCCCCGAAAUCACCCCGGCGAAAUCUGCAUCCGAGGCGAUCAACUCAUGAAAGGGUAUCUGAAUGAUCCCGAGGCCACCGCGAGAACAAUAGACGAAGACGGGUGGCUACACACGGGAGACGUUGGGUACAUGGAUGAAGACGACGAGCUCUUCAUCGUUGAUCGGAUGAAAGAGUUGAUCAAGUACAAAGGUUACCAGGUGGCUCCGGCCGAGCUCGAGAACUUGUUAAUCUCCCUUCCCGAGAUAGAGGAUGCCGCAGUUAUCGGGAUGAGAGACGAAGUGGCGGAUGAGGUCCCGGUGGCUUUCGUGGUUAGGUCACAAGGGUCUAAGCUAAACGAAGACGGUGUGAAGGACUUCAUCAACAAGCAGGUGGUGCAUUACAAGAGAAUAAAGGCAGUGUUUUUUCUAGAUGCAAUCCCGAAAGCGCCGUCGGGUAAAAUCUUGAGGAAAGAACUCAGGACAAAGCUGGAAGCCGAGCACCCGAAAUAAGGUGGAGCCGAAAGUCGCCGUCUCCGCUGUACGAGGUUUCAGAAUUCCUAUUAUCCAUUUUCUAAUGAUGUCGAACUUUCCAUUUACUAAACUCAGCCUCUAAACCUAAGAAACCAACGGAUCGGGUGUGUUCCUAUUCUUGCUUGUUUCAGACAUCAAUCCACAUCUUAAAAACAGGAACUCCUCGGCUCUUUCAUGUU